AAUUCUCAUCAACAACCGGUUUACAUCAUCAUUCUCUCUCAGGCGACAGGCAGGUACCAAAUUUGAUGGUGAUAAAAUAAAACCACAUUGCAAUUCAGGACUGGGUUGGAUGCAGUAGUUGGAGAGUGGAGUGAGAUCUUGAUAAACGGACCGAGAGGUUAUACCACGUACGAGUAUAUUCUGCUAUAUUCACACUACUUGAAUUGCAAGUGAAUAAACUUGGACUUCUGAUCGAUAGUGGUGUGACUAGGUGAGGUGUGAGUUGGAUUCGUCAAGUCAACUUUGAUCAUAUGAAUUUUAGUUAGUUGAAGUAUAUGGCUUCUCAAGCUCUUCAAGUUCUACUCUGUGGUCAAUGCCUUGCUUUUCAGGUUCACAUAGUUAAAAAAGCAAAAAAGUGGGAGUGCAAACUUUGUGGGACGAAGCAGAGCGUGAUUCAAGUAUUCGGUACUGGAUCUGGAGCAGAGUGUAGAAUUUUAGUUCAAAAGUUGAACGAAUCCCGUCACAUUUCUGAAGCAGCCGCGAGACGUAAUUUGACUGGUAGUGAAGAAUUUAAUUUUGAAGAAAAUAGUGCACGACAAGAAGACCAAGGGGAAACCCAAUUGGUAGAAUCUCAAACGUUACACACGGGGCGAGUGUCAAAGUGGGACGUAUAUUUGGACCAGGAUCCUUCCACGAAUCGUUUAUACUAAAUUAGUACUUAGCAGCAAUAACAAUAAUGCUGGCAAAGGCAUAUCUAAUCUUUUACAAUCUGGCCCUCACUCUUGGAUGGGGUUAUGUACUUUAUCUUGCAUUCGAGAAACGAAAUGAUCAUACUAAAAUGUGGAAACAUGUAGAGAUCCCGUUAAAAAUAUUCCAAACGGCAGCUUUGAUGGAGGUUGUUCAUGCUGCCGUUGGCAUUGUGAAAUCCAACGUUUUCCUCACCUUUUUUCAAGUCAUGUCGCGUGUAUUUCUCCUGUGGUGCGUUCUGGAAGUGAGCCCGCCGGCAACAACGAGCAUUGGUGUACCGAUUUGUAUGAUUGCGUGGGACAUUACUGAAAUCAUUCGGUAUGGAUAUUACUUUUUGAAUUUGAUUGGACUUUCCCAAUUGCUGGUGUGGUUCAGGUACACCCUUUUCAUAUUCUUGUACCCAAUUGGAAUCACGGGAGAAUUAAUCUGCAUCUACUACUCUUUGGAUUUUGUAAAACAAAAGAAAAUGUGGACAUAUUCCAUGCCAAACGCCCUAAAUGUCACGUUUGAUUAUCAGUACGCCCUUAUUUUGGUCAUGCUGUCAUAUAUUCCAAUAUUUCCGCAACUAUAUUUCCACAUGUUUGCGCAACGCAAGAAAAUCCUGGGAAAAAACAAGGUCAAUUAAAUAAAUGCCGAUAAGUAGACUUUUCUGGGUAGAGCUACAAUUGUUACGUUGUUUGCUAAUGAAGCAAGGGAAUACAUGACCGUUGUAACAGUUUGUAAUGUCACAAGAUAAUAAUAAUUAAUCUAUUCUAUGAUUACAACUUGUUAACAUGUGACGAAAA